AUUUAGCUUGCCGUCUGCAAAGACAGGUGGUCUAGUGACAAAUAUAAACUCAAAAAAACUCCAGUUGCCAAGUGAAUUUGAACUCAUUUACAUAAUGGCAGGCCAAAAGAUCGUUGUUCGUGGUUCUCGAUGUUUUGCUCGACCGAAAAUCGUUGUCGUUGGUUAAAAUCAUGAAAAGACCGAAAGGAGGACGAGCCUUUCACUUUCUGAACCGUCGUCAGAGGAAUUUGGAGGUUUAUUCUCACAGAAACUGGUAUGCAUGCAAUUAUUUUUUGUUAUUGUGUUGCAUAAAUGCACGCAUACGCGUUGCUAUUAGCUAGCUCCAAUUCUUGUAUUUUAGUGUUCGUCUUAUUGCUUCCAAUUGAUUAAUAAUGCUUUUACAUCAAUGGCGACUAAAUGUUUUAUGCAGAAAUACGAAUUAUAAUUCAUAUUUUUUAUUUAUAUUCAAUAUCGCUCCCCUGCAUGCUUUUACAAAUUCUUAAAAGGCCAUCUCAUAUGUUUAAGACGCCUUGCGGUUAGAUUUGUAUUCAAGUCAGGAUGUUUUCGGACUGAAUAUAUUGCGUCUUUUGACGAGGUCGAACAGAGGUGUACACUUCACUUUAUAUAUAAGCAAUAUAUAAAACAAUAUCAAGUGAACUAUAGUAAACUUACAUCCAUAGAGACUUGAGUUCAUUUGAUAAUCGUCUAUUACUUUUUAAAAUGCGAUGCUAUACUACUAAAAUUUGAAAGUAUAUAUAUAUAUAUAUAUAUAUAUAUAUAUAUAUAUAUAUAUAUAUAUAUAUAUAUAUAUAUAUAUAUAUAUAUAUUUUUUAUAUAUAUAUAUAUAUAUUUUUUAUAUAUAUAUAUAUAUAUAUAUAUAUAUAUACCAAAUAUAUAUAUAUAUAUACCAAAUAUAUAUAUAUAUAUACCAAAUAUAUAUAUAUACCAAAUAUGUAUUUAGAAAUGAGUAGAGUGCUCGACAUACCGAAGUAUAGAGCUAAUAUAGAUAAGAUAAAAUAAACCUGGUUUACUUCAUAAGAUUUAUUCACUACAAACUUGUUUCGUAUAUUAUAUAUACCAAAUAUCGAUAUUUAGAAUCAUAUACCUGUAUAUGAGCAGAGUGCUCGAUAUACCAAAGUAUAGAGCUAGGCCUAAUAUCAAAGAUAAAAUAAAAUAAACCUGGUUUACUUCAUAAGAUUUAUUCACUACAAACUUGUUUCGUAUGGCAAGCAAUGCUUACCACACUCAUAUAUAUAAUUGUAUAUUGUUACAUUUAUAAGUGUACAUGUUUACAAGUGUAUAUGUUUGAGAGUAAAUUUUUUAAUCACGUUUUUCGUUUUUACAUUAAAAUUCCUGUCUUCCUGUGUAACUUAAAGCUAAAAGAAGAUUUUUUCUUUAAAUGAAAAAUCUCUACAGUUAUUAACGUAAAAGGCAAGAAUUUCUUUUAUAGAAAUUGAAAUGCAACUUUUUUUAUGCAAUUAUAUUCACAUCGAACAAGCUGCAUCUAUGACCGAACGCUAAAAAUUUUGUAAACCCUUAAUUUAUUUCUGCAAAAUGUCUUUAUUUUAUAGAACUACUUUUGAGAUUAUAUUUAAUUGAUAUAUCUGUAAUUGAGGGACUAUACGGACGUUUGAAAUGAAUUCGUUGUUGAAAUCGCGAAAUGUAUCUUUGUUGCGUGAAUCCGGUGAAAUACAUUUCGCUCUCAUAAUUUUACCUGCGUCAAUUAAUAAACCUCAUAAAAAUUCAUGAUGUAUAAUUUUUCAGAUAAUUAGUGUGAAAGCUUUUAAACUAAGCUCAUAGGUUUUAGAGAUUUGCAGUGUUUUUAUGAGAUAUAGUACCAACAAUAAGAAACUUCAGAUAGAUAAAAACUCUAGCAGAAAGUCUAAAGAAAGUUAAGAGGGUAUAAUUUACUCCUAUUAUUUCGGCAGACAUUUCCGCCGCCAUUUCUGUAGAUUCGCGCGCAUGCGUUCAACGUUUUUCCGCGAUGUGUUGCUUUCUGUAUUCUGCUAUGCUUAAUAAUGAAAAAUUAUAUAAAACCCUGUCAAAUUUGGAUAUAUUGCAAGAUAUUUUUGCAUCAAUAAUGCACAGAAUAAGAUAACAUGCCUUUGAAUAAUAUAACCCUAUCGGACGUCUCGGUAUAAUUGUAAAAAAAUCACCACAGCAAAAGAUACGACAAUUAAUUAUCAGUUUGAAAAUAUGCCAAAAUUCUAACGUUAUAUUGUCGACUAUUUUGUUGACAUACUUCUGUGAUAUUACACAAACAUUUAGUAUCAUUUAUAGUGACGAUAACUUUGCAUUACCUAAGAUUUUCAGUACCACUAUAAUUAUCGUGGAUUUACAGUAUAAAAAUGUGUGAACGAUAGCAAAAUAAUAUAAUUGAAUUAAUAACUACUUCACUUACAUAUAUAUCCCAAAAUGCUUGGUUACAUGCAUUUGUUCCAUUUUAUGCUUGCACUAUCAGAACAUCCAGUGUAGCAUGAAACAGAGUUUUAUGUUUAAUGGGGCGAAAAUAUGGAACUCGGUGCCUAAGGAAAUCAGAAGGAUUAGGUCCCAGUCUCUAUUUGAAAGAAAAAUUGCUGCUCAUGUUACUAAAUACAGGGUUCGUAGCGGUCUUUGAAAUCCUUGAAAGUCUUUAAAUUUGAAUUCAGGUCUUUAAGGUCUUUGAAAAGUCUUUGAAUUGUGUGAAAAAGCGAAGAAAGUGUUUAAAAGUCUUUAAAUUCUUUGGUGAGUAUUUGAUUAUACGAUUCCCUAGCUAAUAAAAUAGAUUGAUUGAAGCAAGAUUUUGCGAAUAUUGACGAAAAGGUGGAUUUUAGGAUGUGAUGUGAUUUGACGGGACUAAUUACUUGGUAAAAAUGGUGCUUAUACUCUCAAUUUUUCGACAGCUGAUUGCUCUCAAAGGUCUUUGAAAAGUCUUUGAAAAUAGGCAGAAAAAAUCUUUGAAAGUCUUUGAAUUUUUUUGGUCUUGGAGACUACGAACCCUGUAAAUAAUAUAUUUACACAUGUAUAUAAAUCCUUUAUUGUAAAUAGUUAACUAUAUGUUUUGUUAGUUGUCUAUAUUGUCAAUUGGAACAGUUAGAUUAUUUCUUUUAUUAGAUACCAUAACAUUCUCGUACCCAGAGCCCUUCUUACGCGCGGUGCGACGAGGGGCUCUGGCCAAAUCCAAAACCGGAUACCAUAAAACAGGGUAAAAGAAUAUAUCCGGUUAUUGGUAUUAGGACUAUAACCUUCGUUGUAGCCAAUCAGAUGCCAGUUUGAUAUGGGUUUGGCCAGAGCCCCUCGUCGCACCGCGCGUAAGAAGGGCUCUGGGUACGAGAAUGAUACCAUAAGAGUCAUAAUUAGAACAUUUAUAUAUAAUAACUUUAGAACACACCGGCCCUUCGUGGAAAUCAGUAUUUUUAAUUGACGUAGUUAGCGUGUCAAAAUAAAAUAAAUCUAUCUAACUAGGCAUGUGAGUUAUCAAUUCACUCACAAUAUAUAAUCUAAAUGUUUUGUUACCUUCGUUCCAUUCUAUAUAUGCUACAUCAUCAGAAUAGUGGUAACUAUAGGCGUUUUCUGAGAAUGUGAUUUGGGCUGCAACGGGUAUAUAAACAUAUGUUAGCUGAUUAGAUCUCGCGGUGCAAAAACGUUUCCAUGAAAGGAGAAAUGUACUCAUUUGCACGAAAUUAUUUGCAAGCUGCUUCCACUUGAAAGCUGAGUGGGUAAUGACAAACUUCUGAGUCAGCUGGGUUGGAAAGUGAGUCCUUAUCUGAGGUUUUUAUAUGCAUGUGAGUGUGUUAAUUAUGUGGCUUUAAUAGUCUGUGACCAACGUUGGAUUUCUACUGUAUAAUAUGCAGUGGUUUGAUUAUAAUUUCACCGCAAUUUCAUGUGAAAUCCUUGGCUGUAAUUUACAAAGGACAUUCGUAUUCAGCAAGCCUGGAACAAUCUGGACUGAAGUGGCUAUCGGUCCGAAGACAAACACUGUGUGAAAAGCUUUUCUGUAAAAUAUUAACUGACAGUGACCGUAAACCCUUUGCACUGCCGACGUCAAAACACCAAGCGAAAUAUAACUUAAGACACAAACGCCUUUAGCUAGCUAUAUGAUCUUCUAAUGACUAACACUAACCGCUUUAGUAACACUUUUGUACCAUCCAUGCUAUACUGUAAUAAUUAAGUAGACUCUUUCUCCUCCGCAGAGGCUUUUAAAGAAUAUGAAAUUCGAAGGAAUUGAAAUUGCGCUAGAAGGUAUCUGGUAUGAAGACAACCGCUGGAAAUCGCGCAAUUUCAAUUCCUUUGAAUUUCAUAUUCUUUAAAAGCCUCGGCGGAGGAGAGAGGAGUAGACUUAUCUCGUUGUUAACAUGUCUAAAAUUUAAAUUGAUAUAAUGCAGGGUUCGUAGCGGUCUUUGAAAUCCUUGAAAGUCUUUAAAUUUGAACGCAGGUCUUUAAGGUCUUUGAAAAGUCUUGGGUGAAAAAGUGAAGAAAGUCUUUAAAAGUCUUUAAAUUCUUUAGUGAGGAAUUGAUUAUAAGAUUUCCUACCUAAUAAAAUAGAUUGAUUGAAGCAAGAUUUUCGCAAAUAUCGACGAAAAGGCGCAUUUUAGGAUAUGAUUUGACGGGACUAAAAAAUAGACGUGCUUACACUCGCAAUUUCUCUACAGUUGAUUGCUCUCAAAGGUAUUUGAAAAGUCUUUGAAAAUAGGCAGAAAAAAUCUGUGAAAGUCUUUAAAAUUUUUGGUCUUGGAGACUACGAACCCUGAUAUAUAUUAUUGUAAAAAUCUACGUAAUAAACAGCCAGCGUGGCUGCAAAGUAACUUUUAAUAAAAUAUCUAUCUAUUUAUCUAUCUAUCUGUCUAAACACGCAGGUCAGUUCUCUGAUUUCUUUCUGUAAUAUAAACAGGGCGUGUUAGAAUGGAUUGCGGCGUAAUUAAUUAACAAGUUAACAAGUGUGGUUAACCCUAAUUAACGCGCGAGAAUCUCGCUUUGACGUGCGAGAGGACGCAUUGCGGAUUUAGUCAGCAUGUUUUUUAUGUAAACGUGUGUGCCAGUGUAAAAAAUUUAAAAGAUAAAUUUUACCUCAAAAUCUUCUAGCUAAGCACAGAAAUAUUGAUGAUAUAAGCGUGGUUAGAUCAUGCAGAGGUAGUAAAUGAUUUUGAAUGUGGGCUGCCUUAAAGUGAUCUGAUGUUGUACAGAACUCAUUGCUGAGUUGAACUUGGUGAGAUCAUAUAGGUAUACAUGUAAGGUGGACUACGUUAAAUGCAUCCAAAGCUAGCACCUAGUCUUAUUUCAAUUUAUUAUUAUUAAAAUUAAUGGUUUCUCCCAAAAGGGUUUUUCAGAACCCUUUUACAAAAUUAUUUCAUAAAAACUACAAUUUUAAAAUAUUUACAAUUUCUACGAAGUUAAAAAUAAAAAAAUGACUGAUAUCCAAGUUAACCACAAGCUCAUUAGCAUCUCAUUAGAAUCUCAUUAUCAUUUACAAGCUGUUUAUUGUCACAAAAUAAGUAUGCCCAUAUGUCAGCGUAGAAUCAAACGGGCUUCCUCUGAUGUCCAGCCUUCUAUAUAAUGCAGAAUUUGUCGUGGACAGAUCGUCGAGAACUCCAUUUGUAUAGUCAAUCAAGUCGAAGUACAGGUCGAACCUGCCCUUAUCACAACUUCCAUGGGUAAAUAUUCAAUUUGUCCAUAAUUAACCUUUUUUGUUGGUAGAUAAUUAUGCGUGUGACAGCCGGUACGCGUAUAGACAAAAUAUAAUUUAGUUUUGCCGCAGAAACUCAAGACAUACCUUUUGUAAUAAGCGAUCGAAAAUUUUCAGUUGGAUUUAAGUAAUAUUUGUGAUGCAUUUAAUUCAUGCAAAGUAAUUUACGUUUCCAGCAAGGGAGGUUUGGUAAUUUGGGACUGGGACGUUUACCGGGAAACAGGGGUCAAUGUUGAUGGGUUAAAAGUAGAUUAUAUACUCCAGGACUAUAGUAGCUAGGAGAUGCGAUAAGCUGUUUUAAGUAGAUGAGGUUUGUUCAGCUAUGUAGUGGUUCACGCAUAUGGAACUGGACGAAUUCGAGCAGACCUAACCGAACGAACUCCUGUGUGAACAAAUGGAACUAGAAGUCUAGACUGGCUGAUUUGGGGCAAUUCCGAACUUGUUUUGUAUGAAAAGUGAGCUUUGAUGUAAAGAAACUUAGUAUAGGAGUACAAGUCAUGACUAUCAUGGCUAAUUUUUUAUCAAUAUUGUUGCUCUUCGUCAAAGCAUACGUUGAUUUCCGUCACAAAGAUAAGUGUGUAGACUGUGUAGCACUUGAAUAAGCACUUCUCGAAUCUGCCUCAACGUCAACACAUGCACGAAACAGGUUUAACUGGCUUAUAAUACGAACUGUUUAAGUUAGAGUUAAGUUAUUACAAGCUUCGACCUUCUCACAUGCAUGUGCACCAGGGGUUUUUGUAUCUUUUGUCGGUUCUUUUUUAUCUUUACUUUUCACUCUUGCUCAGUUAAUGAGGUUCAUCAAUUUUGCAUUGGGCACUUUUACUGCGCAUAUCUAAAAUAACAAAUACUAGCUAUGUAUGGCAGAACUGUAAUGUAAAGUGAUAAAGAAAAGUGAGGGCAAGAGAAAAACACACUCUGCAUUGAUUAGGCGUGUUUGAGGAAAUAUAUACCUUCAAAUAUGACAGAACUCUGGCUAGGGUUCCUGUGCAGAAGUAGUUAGUUUAUCUUUUUGAAUGUGGGUUACCUUAAAGUAAUCUGAUGUUGUACAGAACUCACUGCUGAGUUAAGUAUGGUUGGAUCAUGCAGAGGUAGUACAUGUUCUUGAAUGUGGGUUACCUUAAAGUGAUCUGAUGUUGUACAGAACUCACUGCUGAGUUAAGUAUGGUUAGAUCAUGCAGAGGUAGUACAUGUUCUUGAAUGUGGGCGACCUUAAAGUGAUCUGAUGUUGUACAGAACUCACUGAUGAGUUAAGUGUAUUGUUAGAUCAUACAGACGUAGUACAUGUUCUUGAAUGUGGGCGACCUUAAAGUGAUCUGAUGUUGGACAGAACUCACUGCUGAGUUAAGCAUGGUUAGAUCAUGCAGACGUAGUACAUGUUCUUGAAUGUGGGCGACCUUAAAGUGAUCUGAUGUUGUACAGAACUCACUGCUGAGUUAAGUGUAUUGUUAGAUCAUGCAGAGGUAGUACAUGUUCUUGAAUGUGGGCGACCUUAAAGUGAUCUGAUGUUGUACAGAACUCACUGAUGAGUUAAGUGUAUUGUUAGAUCAUACAGACGUAGUACAUGUUCUUGAAUGUGGGCGACCUUAAAGUGAUCUGAUGUUGUACAGAACUCUCUGCUGAGUUAAGCAUGGUUAGAAUAUCGUACACAGGUAUAGUACAUGUUCUUGAAUGUGGGCUAUUUUACACUGCCCGAUGUUGUACAGAACAUGGUAGAUUGUGCAGAAUUUGUAGGACAUGUUUAUAAAUGCUGGCUGCUCUACACUGCAAAAAACGCCAAGCCUUUAACAAUGUUGAUGAAAACAGGCCUGGACAAUAUUUUGCUGUCCAUAUUGUUAACAAUAUUGUUCAGCUGUUUUUUGCUGUGUAAGGUGAUCUGAUGUUGUACAUAACUCGUGAGACUAGAGUUUAGUCUCCUGCGCUCAUGUCCUCAACGCACGGAUCUCAACUUAAACUAGCAUAAUCCUGAGUGCGGGUAUAAUUGUCAAAACGUCGCAGGGAUUCUCGUAAUCACCGCUGCGUGAUCCGUGGCUGUCAUCAUAAUUAUAUUGAGAGAUAAUUUGUUUAAAGACGCGAACAUUUACUUAUACAACGCCAUGUAUAUUACCGUGCGACAGCUGUGUGUUGUAAAACAACAAUUAGUUUCUAAGUGAAGUUGCAUUAAGUUAAACCGUGAUGGCAGAACGACGGUCUCGAUGGGCUAUGCCACGAUUUGCCUUGGCUAAAAUAAGCGCCAUGUACUGGGACGAUUACGACGGAGCCGAUGCACUUAGGUAGGAAACACUAUAAGUUUUUAAAGUGUGGAUUUGUUGUGUAAAUAUUAAUGAUCGCGCACUUGCCUAAAUAUCCAACGGUUCACAAGCGCUUUCUCGAGUCUCUGCGACGCGUUUUCUAGUCCAAAUUAAGAUAAAACUUCGAACCAGAGAAACUUGUAAAGUUAUCUUUUUGGAAAUACGUUUACUGAGUAAUUGUUUGGCAAACCAACGAUGAUAUUUUUUAUAUAAGUUUUAUUAAGAUGUUUGCCACAAAAGGCAGGGCUUAUCAGGGGGGCUAACAUUUAUUAGAGUGUAUACCAAAAAUAUUUUUUUAAAAAGUACAAAAAUUAGAGGAAAAACACGGCAAAAGAAGACAACAACAGGUGACAAAGCAUCGGGCUAAAUGUUAUGUGCAAAUGAACAAAUAAAAUUAAUAUAUUGUUGCGACCGUCUAUGAUGGAAACAUAUAGAUUGCAACAGCCACCUUUGAACAACUGCUUCCAGGCCACUCUAUAAGUGAAUUUAUUGAUUUUUUGAUAGGCUUAGGUAUAUUAUAAGAGAUUGUACUUUUUUGCAUUUAUAUACACAGUCAUGAAUGCUUGUAUAUUUAUUUUCUACAUGAAAAAAGCCCAAACUAAUUUGCACUUAUAGCCCUGCGCACAUUCUGAGCGAGAGGAGUGAAUUAGCAUGGAGUUCCGAGGAAAUGUUUGAGACAUUCGGCCUCAGAAGGGGAAUUUUUGGCUAUAGGAAAAACAUUACUCCGACCUUGGGUUUUUAUAGAAAAGACAAUUCUUCUAAUACCUAUAGGAAAUUCAAGUAAAGCUGACUAUACAGCGAGUACAUAGAUUUCAUGGGGAAUAGUUAUACAAUAUGCUAGUGCGUCCAUUACUAUUAUCUGACCCAGGUUUGCAGUUAGCUUAAGUCACUUGCGGGAGGUAACAGCUGUGGUAGUAGGUAAAAUGUAUUGGCAUAACCUUAUACAUGAACUUGUGGUUAGAGCUCGACAAGUGUCUCUCUGUAGCUCAGUUGGUUAGAGCUCGACAACUGUCUCUCUGUAGCUCAUGCAGUUGGUUCGAGCGCUGCACCGGAACCGCAGGGCCGCAGGAAUGGGAGAGGGUUAUUACUUGCAUUUUUAGCAGUUGCUCCUUGAGUUUCUAGGUCUAAUAAAUUUAUAAAACUUCUACUCGUGAUUUCGAGUGAUGGUGAAAAUGUAUUACGAUGGUACAUAGCGCAGUUCUGUAUAUUUCAAGUUGCCAUGACAACGUAGCAUCGAUGCAUGAAUGCUCGCACGCAGAUCUUUAUAUAGGACACGCAAUAUUUUGAACGCUAUAUAAUUCUUGACACUAAUUAGUUUUGCAGUAUUUAAAUUUGCCAUAUUGCAGCGCAAAGUGCAUCGCUAAUGCGCUUCGCAAUUUGUUCAGCGUUUGUCACAUUAAUGUAUACUUCUCUCCCGCGAAGCUAAUAUACCACUUUUCUUCCCUGACUCGUGGGCGAAAAAGUUAAACACGCGAAACCUAUUUACUUAAACACGUGGGUUAUAUAUACACCCGCAAAUUAUAAGGCAUGCAUGUAGGGCGCGCGUUCACCAAAUUUGAGCCGGAGAGCAACACAGCUUCGUAUGACACUGUGGCUAAAUUAGCGCAUGCGUCUUUCUCAUGAUUCCUGGCGUCAGUUGCUCAUCAAAAGCCGGUUCCCUUAACCCUGGGUUAACGUGAAAUUCAAAGCAAACAUGCGCGCAGCUUGUUUAUAAACUUGAAAAUAUUUUUUCAGAAAUCUGGUCUCGAUCAUCAGAAGUUUAAUUUUUUAAAGUUUUGAAAUAACAGACGUAUAUGCACGUAGACUGAUAACUUUGUCAAGAAAAACGUGACGAAAAUAUAUACGUCAUUAUUCAUGCCAUUAUUCGUCAUUAUUCAUAACCAAUUACGGUUGUGCAACCGCAAAGCUGAAAUACUGGUUAUUUUGUGUUAAUGGCAAACACCAAGCUAUUUUUAUCCUAUAAAACUAACAAACGAAAGAGCAUUCGUAUUUGAUAUACAAACGUAUAUGGUGUUAAUGCAGCUAUUUAGCAAAGAAUAUAUACACGCAACAAGGAGUUCAUUUUAGUGUUUUGAUAUAAACGAGGUCGCUAGCCGAGUAUUUCAAACACACUUGAAGGUGUUUUAGGGUCACUAUAUAUAUCAAUUCUUUCAGUUGAUAUAUAAUCUUUCAUUUCUUAACGUUAUUUUCUCACUCUGAUAACUGCAGGUUGACUAAUGACCAGUUGCAUGAUGCGUGCUUAGUAAAACCCAUGCAGCCUGCGUAGCCGAGUAAAAUCUACUUUCACAAACCAGAUUGCAAGCCGGUACCUGUCAGUGUUUAUUAGCAUGUUGCUAGGGAGACUGUUUAGGAUACGUUCACUAAUGGACCUUGUGUUAGUUAGCAAUAAGAAAUGGCGAAAAUAGCGCCUGUGGACGAGGAAAAACACUCGCGAAAAGGUGUAAAAUUUCAAACUCCUGAGGAUGCGAUCUCUUCUAGGUAUCAGACUGCUGGUCCGAAGGUCGACGCGAAAGAUGACAAAGACAGGUAACUUGUGUUUACUUUUAAUGCCAUUAAUCUUGUGUUAGACUUUAUGCAUUUCACAUAUCUGUAUUGUUUGAACGUUUUAUGAUAUACAUUUCACGCGUUUGACAUAUCAUCAACUUUGACAAAUCAUUUGAGCGUCAAUGCUGUUCAUUGUGUGGACGAGUUCAAGUCCGCUUUGGAAAGUUUAUGCCGUGUUUUCCAGCUAUGAAUUUACACGCGGCAUCUGUUUUCAUGUUCCCAUUAUUGCGGCUCUGAAAUAGUCUUGAAACUCUAGGUUUUUAUAAAACAUACGGUACAGUUUAACUUGAAUAAGUUAAGCGUCAAAUUUGUUCGUCGAAGGGACAACGUAUAGCUAUACGGUUAGCUUUGUGUCGCGUUUUUACUAUGAAUUUAUGCGGCAUAAUUAUGUUUCAUCUUUUUGUUAUUGUGGUUCCGAAACAGACCCGUUGAAACGGUACGCAAUUAUAAAACGUACUGCAUGUAGAAUAUUGCUAAUGAAACAAUAGAAUCAUCUUGACAAUCUCCUGUGUGGAUUUUAAUUUCUGCUCUCGGAUCGGUUCAGUAAACACGAAGCUAGCCGUGAAGGCCACUUACUGCCGAGUUUGCUUCAUUUGCGAUAUUAUUUCUAUUUCUAACUUUAUAAUGAAAAAGAAGAUCCACGGCUUUUUAUCAUGCAUAAAUACAUGCAUUAUGCGUCAGACUUUGCUUAUUUUCAUAUAAAUGACCAAAAUGAGACGUUUUUAAUCACCACAUGCAGUUUUAACUUAAAUGAAAUAAACUUAGUUGAAGUUAUAUAGCGAACUAUUAUUUUUCACAUUAAGCUGUCAUCUCGCACAUUUUAUACGCUCAAAUAUUCAAUAUAAAUACUCGAUGAAAACUUCACAUUCGACUUUCGUGACCUUUUCAAUUGAAAAACUGACUUUCACAUUCCGAGUCCAAGAUACGUCCAGAGACAAAUUAUGGCAUUCGCCUUUUUUCAGGCAGCAUAUGUUGUAGAAUAAUACGUGCAUGUGUAAUAAGUUCUUUGUAUGUUUGCAUGGCGAUAAAACAUAAUUAUAAUAGUUUUGUUUGUGGAACUACACCACGUAAAUUUAUUACUACAAAGCUUUCGAUCCGUAAGCCCGGAUCUUCAUUAUAGAUAUUAUCAGAACUCCGAGUGUUAACACAACCUUUCACUAACUAACUGAAUUAUAUCUGGACGAACUUUGGCCAAGCAAUUUAAUUGCCUCGCGUAAUUCGUCUGUAGUAGAAAUACGGAGAAUAGUCCUGUUAUUUGUAAAAACGAACAAGGUCGCUUCAUUUGUUCUGAGAGAUGAAUUACCCGAGAUAAUUUGUGCAGGCAUUUUAUACCUCUGUAUACAUGAAGACAAAUACAGACGUUCUUGAACGUGGGAGUCCAUUGACAGUGUAGGUAGUAUUCUUCAAUUAACUGCCGUGGUUUUGUGUCUGAACUACUGAAAAAGAUAUCUCAAACGUGGUGGUCCAGUGUAGGUAGUAUUCUUCAAUAAGCUGCCGUGGUUUGUGUCUGAACUACCUGAAAAAGAUAUCUCAAACGUGGUGGUCCAGUGUAUAUAGGUAGUAUUCUACAAUAAGCUGCCGUGGUUUGUGUCUGAACUACCUGAAAAAGAUAUCUCAAACAUGGUGGUCCAGUGUAGGUAGUAUUCUUCAAUAAGCUGCCGUGGUUUGUGUCUGAACUAUCUGAAAAAGAUAUCUCAAACGUGGUGGUCCAGUGUAGGUAGUAUUCUACAAUAAGCUGCCGUGGUUUGUGUCUGAACUACCGGGAAAAAAUUGAAGAAAGUUAUUGUAAUGGCGUCCGCUUGAAAUAUCGAUUGAAAUAUUUUAAUGAAGCAAAGAACGGCAAACAAGUCUAAAAUAUUUUAUCUUUGCAUUCUUAGAGUUCAUGUGGAACACUACGCGAAUGAUAAUUCAUUGAAAGAACGUCUCAUUCGCUUGUUCCUGACAAAUCCUAAAACAAGUAAGUAAAAAAUAUUCAUUAUUCCAAUCCAAUUAACCGAACGCGAGGUCUGUACAGAGAAAUAUCGGACCGAGGUCUUUUUUGUACGGACCAAGGUCUUUUUUGUACGGACCGAGCCCGUAGGACGAGGUUUGUACAAAAAGACCGUGGCCCGAUAUUUCUCUGUACAUACCGAGCAAGGAGGUUAAUAAAAAGUUUAUUAUUUAAGGAUUACAGCACUCUUGGAGUGCAUUAUCGGGAUUUACAAGCACGAGUUCACGAACAAGAAACAAGAAAUUUAACACUGCACAAGGCGCAGCCGAGUGCAGUGUUAAAUUUCGAGUUUCUUGUUCGUGAACGAGUGCUUGUAAAUCCCGAUAAUGCACGAACAAAGAGUGCUUUAAACGUUUUAAUAUUCAGUUUGAGUAAACCAUAAAAGAACAAGCAUUUCAUAUUGUCACCGUUAACCGUGUAAACUGCACAAAAAACAACAAAAACUCACCUUUAAAUAGCGAAAUACCCCAUGCCGUUGCUCUUUUUGUGUUUGUUGGCGUUGCCUCCGAAAUUAUCGCUUCUAUUUCCUCAGAGGACAAUUCCAAAAACUUUUCACACUCAGCAGCCAUCUUGCAGUGCGAUAAAAAGUUCAUGCACGGCUAUAAUGCACGGCCGUGCAUUGUUGUUAUGUAAAAGUAAGUCACGCGGUACAAAUCGACCAAUCAGAACACUAGUUUACGAAAACUGAAUAAUAAAUGGCAUUUAUACUUGAAGCUCUUUGAAACAAACAAGAAAUGCAUGAUUCGAAAUGCAUGUUAGUAGCGUGGUACAGAUUUGGUCGAAGAAAACAAAAAAUACCAAUGUAAUCCUUUUUUUCACUAAAAACCAUUCGCUAUCUUAUUAAUAACAAAUUAAAUUAUAAUUUUCAAAUUUUUAAUUAGUUUUGCUGUUUUGUUUUAAAAUGCAUGUGUUUGUUUUUACGUAAAUAAUGGACCGCUGAAAGUGCUUCUCAGCCAAUCACAGUCCGCCAUUUCACCGGAAGUGAUGCUUGCCAUAUAAUAACAUAGCUUAAUCCGGGCUGAACAUUUUGCCCAUGUGAUCAGACUGCGAUUAUUCCUCCAUUUCAUCUUUCCUGACUUUGUGUCUUUCAUUUCAGGCUGUCGUUGGGAUUUAUUUUUGGUCUUCUUAAAGUUGGCUUCGUGUGUUCUUUACGUCAUUCGAGCCGAGGGAGAUGACGAUCCUAUGUCAGCGGGCUGGUAAGUUCACUAAUAUCAUCGGUCCUCACCUACCCCCCCCCCCGUAUUGACCAGUAAAGUAGUCUGGACGUAGUAUAGGUGCAUUUUCGCAACAGCUCCUGGUUACGUCUAAAAAUAUAUAAUAAUGCGUUCAUAAAUUCCAUCUCAUUACUCGACCUUUAGGGAGAACCGUUUAGAACUGAAAGAAUUAUCCAGUAUAAAUAAAGUUAGUUUAAUUUAGGUUUCCUUCUGUAUAGUAACACAGGAUCAAUAAGAGAUGAUCCUUACUGGACCUCUAGGAAGAAUAGUUUAGAACUGAUAGAGCUAUCCAGUAUAAAUAAAGUUAGUUUAUAAGUUCUUUGAAUGUUUGCAUGGCGAUAAAAUAUAAUUGUUUUUGUUUGUGGAAACACCACGUAAAUUUAUUACUGCAAAGCUUUCGAUCCGUAAGCCCGGAUCUUAUUAUUAUUAUUAUUAGCACUGAUGAAGAUCCGGGCUUACGGAUCGAAAGCUUUGCAGUAAUAAAUUUACGUGGUGUUUCCACAAACAAAAACAAUUAAAGUUAGUUUAGUUUAGGUUUCCUCCUGUAGUAACACUGCAUCAAUAAGAGAUGAUCUUUACUGGAUCUCUAGGAAGAAUAGUUUAGAACUGAUAAAGCUAUCCAGUAUAAAUAAAGUUAGUUUAGUUUAGGUUUCCUCCUGUAGUAACACUGGAUCAAUAAGAGAUGACCUUUACUGGAUCUCUAGGAAGAAUAGUUUAGAACUGAUAAAGCUAUCCAGUAUAAAUAAAGUUAGUUUAGUUUAGGUUUCCUCCUGUAGUAACACUGGAUCAAUAAGAGAUGAUCUUUACUGGAUCUCUAGGGAGAAUAGUUUAGAACUGAUAGAGCUAUCCAGUAUAAAUAAAGUUAGUUUAGUUUAGGUUUCCUCCUGUAGUAACACUGCAUCAAUAAGAGAUGAUCCUUACUGGACCUCUAGGGAGAACAGUUUAGAACUGAUAACUAUCCAGUAUAAAUAAAGUUAGUUUAGUUUAGGUUUCCUCCUGUAGUAACGCUGGGUCAACACGAGAUGAUCUUUACUGGACCUCUAGGGAGAACAGUUUAGAACUGAUAGAGCUAUCCAAUUUAAAUAAAGAUUAGUUUACAACUCUCGCGCAAUAACAAUUUUUUGUUUAGCGAUGGCUGCCCCGCGGAUAGAACGUCAGCAAAGUGGUGUUGCCCGGAUAUUAAUGAAAGUUCAUAGUAAGUGUUGCGUGCUUGAGUUGGUGAUUCAUUCAUUUCAAAUUCACUGAUUCAAGAGUUAAUUGCCAACCUCUGUCAUUAUUUUAGUUGGUCUUUGUUGUGGGUAGACCGUCCUCUGAUAUUAUGGAUUUUACAGGUAAAUUUUGUGUUAUUUUGGAACUAAAUUACAAUUCCCAGAGUGCUUCAGUACUUUUUUUUCUGUUUGCCCAGUGUUGAUAGACUAAUGUUUUGGAGAACAUUAUUAUGUUUUCAUGUUUCUAUGUGUGUGUGUCAGGAUGAUAACUCAAAAAAUAUCAAACGUUUAACACGAAAAUUUGUGAGACUAAUGGCAGGGGCGAGCUAGGGGCGGGGAAUCACAGAUUGUGUGUGUAGGGGGGGGGGGAAUCACAGAUUCGGCAAAUGUCUGCUAGACUCGGGAAAUUAUUUUCGGAUUUAUGGGGAAAUUGUUUUCGUGUUGAGCAAAAAUAUUUGAAUGGCUCGGAAUAAAAAUGUUACUAAAUUUACGAAAAAUUACGGAUUAACAAAUCACGGGAAAAAUUAUGUCGUAUCUCGGGAAACAUUACGAUAUGUCGGGAAAAAUAUUUGUAUUUGCGGAAAAAUUAGGAUAUAUCCGGAAAAAUUUUUGUAUGCCUGGAAAAAUUAAGAUAUGUUCUGAAAACGUUUUGUAUGCCUGGAAAAAAAUUUUGCGACCCCCCCCCCGCCCUUGAUAACUCGGCAAAAUUAACUUACACCCCCCCCCCCAUUCAAAGAGGUCUAGCGCCGCCCCUGACUAAUUGAGUAAAUUGUGGUUAAAUUUGGAUGGAAAUUGGUGAAAAAUUAACAAAAGUUUGUCUUUAACUCCCUGACAGAGGUGUGUGGUCCCUGAGUGCCCUCUGGUUGUAUAUUAUUGCUAGAAAACAUUAGAACAUUAUGGUUUUCCAUUCUAGACCGUUAUUGCAUUGUUCUGUUUCAUGGAAGUAAUCUUUAUCGCUUUCCUGGAAUACAAGGUAUGUAGUGUCUUUCUUUUUCCAGAAAUAGUUCAUUAUCCUUUCAUUUCAUAAUCCAGGAAUACGUGUGUCACUUUUAAACUGUUCUGUUUAGGGACGGACCAUUAGAAAACUUUUUCAAUUUGUACGAAUAUUUUUUUAAAAUAUUUUGCUUGUGUCGAUAAUUUUUGUAAAUACGAUUAAUCCCUUGCUCAAAUUUUUUUUAUUAUAAACUUAUAAUUUUCCCUAUUGAAAAUUCUCUGCACGAAUUUUUUUUCAAACUUUUUUGGUUUGUACACUUUUUUGCUUACACCCCCCCCCCCCCAUCACUUUUCUAAUGGAUAUGGUCCGCCCCUUAGAGGACCAUACAGGUCCAUCCCUUACCUUUUCCAAUCUUACUAGGUUUAAGUAGGCCGUUCCUUUCUGCAAAUAAUUCAGGGUAUUCGUACGUUGUUCUGUUUAGGGAGGAUCGAUUCUUGGAAAAAUCACAUUGCGCAUGAUCGUGGAGACGUUUUUAACUUUACCUCUUUUCGUGUCUGUAAGUAUACGCGUUUCGUGAAAUGUCAGGGAGUGUCCCGUUGCCUCAGCAUUAUCAUUGUCAAUGGUUUCACCCAGUCACCUGAUGAUUCCACUUAGGGUGAAACUGAGGGCAUUGAAGAUUUUGAGGUAAAGCCAACCUAUGUUAAUGAGACUUGACUGCAUAUAUUACUUGUCAAACGAGGAAAAAACCAGUGGUAUAGCUAGCCAUGGCAACUGGCCAUGCUAUGCUAAUAAACCUGCGUCUAAAUCGGUUAAAGACAAGACAUUUCUAAAGUAUGAUUGUUUUGUGUGUGUUGGUGUUAUGUACUCAGGUGAAUAUGAUGUUUCUCAUGUUACUCUGAGUGUGCAUCCACACCGGGCAAGCUGAAAAGUCAGCUUGCCCGAUGUGGAUGCACACUCAGAGUAACAUCACAAACAUCAUAUUCACCUGAGCACAUAAUACCAACACGCACAAAAUUGAUCAUAUCAUAGAAUACACUGAUAUCGAAGGAACUAGACUCAGUUCCGAAAUAUCAUCAACUCGAACCGGCUUGACCGCGUAGCUCAGUUGGCAGAGCAUUGAAUUGCAUCCCAAAGGUCGCGGGUUCGAUUCCCACCAUGGCCAAGCUAACUUUUCAGCUUGCCCGGUGUGGAUGCACACUCAGAGUAACAUCACAAAUAUAACAUUUCUAAAGGCUUGAAUAAUGCAAAUCAUUAAAAAAAUGCAUAGCAUCACCUGUUGUUAUGGCUAGCUUCGUGAGUGGCAAAAACUCUCAUCAAGUCUUAUCAAACAGGCCGUGUUUUCCCUUUCUUAAAUGUGAUGAUAUUCGGACUACUCAUAAAAAUUUCAGUCAUCUUGAAGUUGAUGAGAAUUGAUGAAAAUGCACGAGAGUCGAGGAAAGUUGGUGUCAAAUGUGAACGACAACUAUCGACAACUCUCGUCAAUGUUCGACCAGAGUUUUAAUAAUUAUUAAGAACAUUCGACAUUGUUUAUAUAUAUUUCUCUCUUCUUCUAGAUAUUUUGGAAAGAUUUGCGAAAUCUUUACAAUCCUUUGUACUUGAACUGCUGGAUUGCAAAAAGUAUCGCAGAAAAUAUGUUUGUAAGUAGAAAAUCACUUCUAGAAAGCAUACAAAGGAUGACAGAACAAAAUAAAUUUCCACCCGGAAAGCUCGUACACUUUUGCUAUAUACUGUAACCAACGUUGAAAGACAAUAAAUAACAACGAUGAAUUGUAUCAUUUCAGAAUGAUGUGCAUCGUCUACAACAACAACGGUCUGCUUUGAUGCAAAAGGUUCUCAUGGUUAUUGGCACUCUAACAAGCAUUAUAUUUACAUGGUAAAUAUUUUGAAGCUUUGUCAGAGCCUGUAUGAGUUGUAUCAGUACUUAUUAUUCGGUAGCAUCGUUGUCAGAACAGGCGCUUUCCACCUCUGAGAUGUUCAUGUAAAAAGAGUCAUUCAAUACUAUGUCGAAAGUCGUGUUUCCGCUAGGUACUCUGGUUAGGGUGUGCAGAAGUUGACUCGCGACCGAAAGCAUUGCGUGUUCUUGUACAUUAUGGUGAGGUGAUACCAGUGUUAAGUAUAUGGGCAAAGUUCCAUCUGCAAAUAUACCAUUUGCAUUCAGUUGUUUUUGAACGAGAAAUAUAUGACUAAGAUCGUGUUUCCCUUAGUGUAUGUGGAGUUCAACACUUCGAGCGAGCUCAGCAUCAGUGGGGAACAUUCAAAAGUCUUUGGUUCGUGGUGGUAACGUUCAGUACAGUGGGGUAUGGUGAUUCAGUCCCAGGUGAUUGGCCUGCUCAGACCUUUGUAAUGUUCUCAAUAUUCAUGGCACUGAUUAUUUUACCUAUGCAGGUGGGUACAUGUUGUAUGUCUAACUGUAUAUUGAUGGACAGUUCUGAACUGUUCUUCUUGAGAUCCAGUGCAUUUCAUAGUUGGAGUGUUGGUCACAGUGGUUUGCGCAUGUGCAUUUCUCCUCUGUGACCAAAGUUUGAUUCCUGAAGAAGAGUGCUUCCAGUUUGAUUUAACCAAAUGUGCGGUAUUCUAAUUUCCUUCUGUAGUAACACUGGAUCAAUAAGAGAUUGCUCUUUACUGGACCUCUAGGCAGAACAAUUUAGAACUGAUAGAGCUAUCCAGUAUAAAUAAAGUUAGUUUAGUUUAGGUUUCCUCCUGUAGUAACACUAGAUCAAUAAGAGAUUGCUCUUUACUGGCCCUCUAGGAAGAACAGUUUAGAACUGAUAGAACUAUCUAGUAUUAAAAAAAGUUAGUUUAGGUUUCCUCCUGUCAGUUGUAACACUGGAUCAAUAAGAGAUGGAUCCUUACUAAUACUUUUUUUUUCAAUUCUCUCAGUUUGAGCAACUUGCUUUCCACAUGGCGCAGACACAGAAGGAAGGAGGUGCAUUUGGUGGAAUGUUGAGAGGAAAUAAUCGUCAUGUCGUUGUUUGCGGCUCCUCACUUCGUCCUACACUCGUCUUGGAUUUCCUCAAAGAGUUUUAUGCCCAGUCGGACUUAGAGGUAUAGUAAUUCCUAGUUUUUAAGACAUUUUUAACAUCGGCCAGUCUCUUGGUCGGCUCGUUGGUCGAAUCACUCCGUCAGAUGAUCAUUAUAGUUGGUCGGUGGGUCGGACGAUCGAUCGGUUUGUCGGCAGUCGGUUUGAUAGUAGGUUGGCCAAGUCUUGCUCCGUUAGUCAGUUGGUUUGUGGGUUGGUCGGUGGGUCGGUCGGUCGGAAGGACGGUUGAUUGGUUAGUCGGCUACUCAGUUGCUUGUCGGGUUUGUCAAGCCAAUCCAUUGGAUGAUCGGUAGUUGGUUGGUCGGACAGUCAGCCGAUCGACAAGUUAAUGUUCUUCUUUCUGAUUGGUUUAGGAGUGCCAUGUGGUGUUACUCUGCCCUCAAGAUAUCGACAGUCAGUUAAGGAUGUUGAUUCAAGUACCUGCCUGGGCUCAGAAAGUCUCCUAUAUUAAAGGCUCGGCUUUGAACGACGGGGACCUGGAACGAGCGAAGUGAGUAUGGUACAUAUUUAUGCCUGGUAUAUAUAUAUAUAUAUAUAUAUAUAUAUAUAUAUAUAUAUAUAUAUAUAUAUAUAUAUAUAUAUAUAUAUAUAUAUAUAUAUAUAUAUAUAUAUAGGGAAUUUUAUAUCACUACUAGCAUUCUAACUUUAUGCUGUGGUUUUUUGUUAGGAUAUCAGUUUCAGAAGGAGUUUUUAUUCUUUCUGAUCGCAACAGUCCUGACAAAGAGGGAGCAGUGAGUUUAUUUUACAAAAGUUACAUCUUUUACUGAUGUGAAUUUUCAGUGAAACAAACUUUACUACGCUGUGAUACUCGAGCUUCUUUCUCUUUUACUCCAGGAUCGUCAUACUAUACUGCGUACCUGGGCUAUUCAAGAUUACGCUCCACAGGUUCCACUCUAUGUUCAGAUAUUGCAAGCUGAGAACAAAUUUCACGUCAGUUUUGCUGGUGAGUUGUUGCGUGGCUUAAUUUUCUUCAUGAAUUAUUAAUGAGUUUAAAUUUAUAUAUAAGCCGUCGUUUAUGUACUGUUUAAUAAACGAGCAGGAGUGUUUUAUUAGGUUUAAAGACACGAGCGCGCAGCGCGAGUGGCUUUAGACCUAAUAAAACACGACGUUUAUUAAACGACUUCAAACACGACUACAAAUUCAAUAGAUAUAUACUGCCUUAUUAGUAUUCUUUAUAUAAAAAAUACUAAUGAGGACACCACUACAAUAGAUACUGCCUUAUUAGUAUUCUUUAUAUAAAGAAUACUAAUAUUCUUUAUAUAAAGAAUACUAAUUAGGAGUGUUUUAUCAGUUUUAAAGCCACUGCACGUGACAUGUUAUGGUUGACAUGAUUUGCCAAUAAGCUUAUGAAUUAUUAAUGAGUGUUUGAAAUGUCAGAUAAAGAUUGAAUGCGAAUGUUUUAUCUUUUUUAAUAAACGACCCAUAUUAUGAGUUCAUUGGCGAAGUAAUUUUAAAAAUAAACAUUGUCUAAGCCGAGAAAAUCAAAGCUGAAGUUUAUGUAAAUCAGGACAAAUCUUAUUUACAAACAUUGAUUAAAGAUUCAUUUCUUUUGAAUUUUCUUCAUGAAUUAUUAAUGAGUUUAUAUUUAUAUAUAAGCCGUCGUUUAUAUAUUAUAUAUGUUAGUUAAACACAUUUCUGGUUGUUUUUUUUUCAGAACAUGUUGUAUGUGAAGAUGAGUUAAAGAAUGCUCUAAUGGCAGCCAAUUGCAUUUGUCCUGGAAUAACCACUCUCGUCACGACAUUGCUUCAUACUCUACAUCAACAGUAAGUAGUUCAAGGAGGCUAGGUUAGAAUAAACUAACUUUAUUUGUACCGGACAUCGUCUAUCAAGAUAUGAUAGUCUGGAAACUAAACAGAAGUCAUUGUAUUAUGUUUUAGUCUGAGUUUAUGUUAAUUUGUGCAUGGUCACAGUCAGUGUUAGCCAGUAACGAAGUAAAUUUACUUCGUAAAAUUACUUAAGUAAAAAAAAUCAGUAUUUACUUGUAACGAAGUAUUUUUUUAAUGAAGUACUUUUUACUUGUAACGAAGUACGAUAUUUGGUAAAUAUUUACUUUUUUACUUCGUUACUUUUGUUAUAUUUUGGCGAAGUAAAAAAGUAUUUCUCAAAGCGGUGAGUGGACUGGAAUAUAUAUAUAUAUGAAGGUAUUUAAAGAAUAAAGUUGUUUUACCACGUUACUUACACGUCUGAGUGUUCUAUUCCUGCUUAAACCUUUGCGAAUUUACAUUCUAUUUCAGUAGUACUUUUACUGAGGUAUAUUUUCCCAAUACUUUUCUUUUACUUAAGUAACAUUUUCAGGCAGUACUUUUACUUAAGUAAAAUUUUCAGGCAAUAUUUUUACUUUUACUUAAGUAAAAUUUUCAAGCAGUACUUUUACUUCUACUUAAGUAAAAAUUGAGGUGUUACUUUUCACUUUUACUUAAGUAAAUAUUUUGAAUACUUUGCUGAACACUGGUCACAGUGAUUGAGCUCAUUGUAUUUGCGUGUAAUGAAGUAAUCGUCGAAUAGGGAUAGCUGAGAUGAAACGUGCAACCACGAUGAAUAAUAUUUAAUGAAGUUGAGGCAAAGGAUUUGUGCAUGGUGAGGCACAGUUCAACAUCAAACAAAGCUCUUCUAUUUUGUGGCUUUGAAGUUUGCCUGGUUCGAGACCAUCAUAUCUUAAUAGACUAUGUACUGGAUAGCGCCUAAACUACAGGGAAACUUAAACUGAACUGGGGUGGAGUGGACUGGAAUCCAAUCCCCACUGUACUAUCAUCGCAAUAUGAAAUAUUAUACAACUAAUUUUUCUGAUCUGCCAAUUUUUAAUGUUUUCUUAUUAGGGAUGGCUCUGCCGAUGUUCCAUGGCAUGAUAUAUUUGGUCGCUGUGCUGGAAACGAGAUUUACGACAUUAAACUUGGUGAAAGUACGGUCUUCAGACCUUUUAAUAAGAAGAGUUUUGCCUACGCGUCAUUCAACGCUCAUAGAAGGUCAGGCAUGGAAAAAUGUUAUUUCUUCACUCUAAAAACAUGUCUUAGAACUGACACUUUUUUAUUAACUUUACAAUCAUAUUAUAUAAAAAAUACACACACAGCUAUGAUUGACGGAUUGGACAACAGAACUAGAAUCCCAUACUAAGUCCAUCCAUCUAACACUAAAACACGACAUAUUAUUACGGAUGAUACAAACUGGACAACGUCAUACUGAUUUUACUGGCCUUUACACCAUAUAAAACAUGCAAGAAUAAAUACUACAGUACUGUGAAAUUAUUUGCGUGGAUCAGAUUUGCCCCCACCACCACCACUACACGCGUAAAAACGCUGAGCCCGCUGUUUAACAAGAUUGAACAAUGUUUUGCUGCCCACGUUGUUCACACUUGUCAACAAUAUUGAACAAUGUUGUUGGACCCCUGAAUCGGGUGUAACAAUAUUGUUCAAUGUUGUUGACAACUGUGAACGAUGUGGGCAGCAAAACAUUGUUCAAUCCUGUUUUCAUCAACAUUGCAACAACCUGAUCGUUUUUGGCCGUGUAAUUGGAAACUACUAACCACUUACAUGCAAACGACAACAGCGCGAGAUAGUGAUGGCGAUAAUGGAAGUCAAAAGUGACUCCAGCCAUUUUACACCACAAAUAAAUAAAAUUGAGAUGCUUCUGAAGUAAACUUGACCACCAUCAGCCUGUCCUGUACAUUUACUGAUUGCUUCUAGAUAUGGUGUAUGUUUGAUUGGUGUUCGUCGAGCGAACAGUUCAAAGGUGUUGCUCAAUCCUGGGAGUUCGUAUAUAAUGGGCUACAACGACACAUGUUUCUAUAUCUCGAUGUCGAGCGAAGAAGAAAGUGCGUUUAAGGAAGUUAAAGAAUCGAAAUCAUCUAAGUUUGGCAGUUCGUCUGGAGAUUUUAGUGAUCAGUCCAAUAAAAUUAUGAUCGAGAUGUCUGAUACAAAAAAUAAUGGAGCCAGUAAGUGAUCGUCGUUGUCUGUUGUCUGUUGUGCGUUGUCUGUUGUGCGUUAAUUGUCUGUUGUGCGUUGUCUGUUGUGCGUUGUCUGUUGUCUGUUGUGCGUUGCCUGUUGUGCGUUGUCUGUUGUGCGUUGUCUGUUGUGCGUUGUCUGUUGUCCGUUGUCUGUUGUCCGUUGUUCGUUGUUCGUCGUCGUCUACUAUUUACACUAGUGUUACUUUUAUAUUCAUCAGCUGCAACAUCAGUGAACUACGAAAACGAGAAAGAUGCCAACAGUACAGGUAACGGCCAUGUAACAGCCUCGCAACAACCUGCAACAAAUCCUGAACAGCAAACUGGCAAUGGAGUUCAUUUCGAGCAGAUGAAGCCACCAGAUGCACUCUCAGUGGGAUCUUCUGUUAAUUAUUUCGUCCCAAGCGAUUCAGACGUCGAAGAUGACUUACAAGAUGCAAUGUCAGGUGCUCUUGCGCCUUCGAAAAUACCAGAGUAAGUAGAGCUUGCCGCUUUAGUUAUACUGGAUAUCUAUUUUAGUUGUUAAUUAUUCUACCUUAUUGCAACUAACUUUAUUUAUACUAGUAGAUAGCUAUAUCAGUUCUAAACUGUUCUUCCUAGAGGUCCAGUAAGAAUCAUCUCUUAUUGAUCCAGUGUUACUACAGGAGGAAACCUAAACUAAACUAACUUUAUUUAUACUGGAUAGCUCUAUCAGUUCUAAACUGUUCUUCCUAGAGGUCCAGUAAGGAUCAUCUCUUAUUGAUCCAGUGUUAUUACAGGUGGAAACCUAAACUAAACUAACUUUAUUUAUACUGGAUAGCUCUAUCAGUUCUAAACUGUUCUCCCUAGAGGUCCAGUAAGGAUCAUCUCUUAUUGAUCCAGUGUUACUACAGGAGGAAACUAGAGUAUCUGUGUUUGAUAGAGUGAGAUGAAAUUAUAAAAAGGCAACUACAUAGUGCAUGAAUUGAACCCCAGUCACAGAAGUGAGAGUUACAUUCAAUAACCAGCGAGCCAUUUAUCAUUUUACUGAGUCUAACUUUAUUAUUUCCCCAUAGUUACGUUAUUGAGAUUCCUCCAAUCUCUCCUUACAUUGGAAGAGUCACUAUGAAAUGUCACUUGCUACCAACAAGCUUACCGUUAUGUUGUUUGAAUUUGACAAGCGUAAGUAAAUUUUUGCAAUGUUCUCUGCUUUACUUGCUCUAUCAGUUCUGAGCUGUUUUUACUUAUUGCUCCACUAUCACAACAGGAAUACACCUAAACUAAACUUAACAUUUUAAUAAAUAGACUAAAUAAUUUUUGUUGUUUAUAUUUUCUAGCAAUGUGAACACAAUCCUUGUCCAAGACAGCGAGAAGAAGGCGCCAUUAUUCUAGCCUCUCCCGUGGUUGAGGCUGGCCUUUAUAAUUUCAUUCUUCCCCUGAGAUCCUCCAAUCUACCCCGUCUAUCCCUCAAGCCUAUUGUCCUGUUGGUGGGGGAAGUGUAAGUAGUUUAUGGUACAUAAAUUUUCCGUAACGCAAAAUGGUUCUCCAUCUGUGAAAAUAUUACAAUCCUUACUCGUGAAUGAUCAAUGUGAACUUAUGGUUAUUAGUUGUCACAACAGGAGAUUUUCCCCUCAUGCACGCUAGAAGGUAUAUUAUGCACAUCAUGAUGAGAUACUAUGAACAAAAUUAUGUGCUCCAAAUAAUUUUUCGUAACUAAUACGUGAGACCAAUAUUGAGUCAAUAGUAUAAUAUCGAUGGAUUUCUAUCAAGCAUUUCACACAAAUUUAGUAAAACGACAUUGACAUUUUCCUUUAUUUGUGAACAGGCCUACUGAAAGUUUUCUUCAAGCCAUAUGCUGUUUUCCGAUGUUAUACUACAUUGUUGGCUCUGUAUCCAGGUAAACAGUGUACAUGUAAUGCACAAGGGUCCUAUGUCAGAGUGUCUCCUACUGGACCUCUAGGAAGAACAGUUUAGAACUGAUAGAACUAUUCAGUAUAAAUAAAGUUAGUUUAGUUUAGGUUUCCUCUUGUAGUAACACUGGAUCAAUAAGAGAUGAUCCUUACUGGACCUCUAAGAAGAACAGUUUAGAACUGAUAGAGCUAUCCAGUAUAAAUAAAGUUAGUUUAGUUUAGGUUUCCUCCUGUAGUAUCACUGGAUCAAUAAGAGAUUAUCCUUACUGGACCUCUAAGAAGAACAGUUUAGAACUGAUAGAGCAAUCCAGUAUAGAUAAAGAUAGUUUAGUUUAGGUUUCCUCCUGUAGUAACACUGAUCUUUUAUUUAAGUCUGGACGAUCUACUCGAGGCGGGAAUACUAAAUUCAGAUACAGUAGUGGUGACGCGUACAGCUCACGCUGGUAGUCAUGACGACGAGAAAGAUGAGGAAUUCAUGGCGGAUGCUUUAACCAUUGUUAGCGUUCAGACGAUAUUCAGGUAAGGGAGCUCGCCAGAACAGAGUUUGACCUGAACAGCAAGAAAAUUAUACUAUUGUGAUUUGCUUGCUUAGUAAAACCCAGUGAGGUAAAACCUAACUACACCACUUCUUUAUUACAGAUUAUUUCCACGAAUGAACCUCUCAGUUGAGUUGACUCAUACUUCAAACAUGAGAUUCAUGAAAUUUGACGCUGGCAUAGUGGAAACACUGUUGGAGGAUGACGACAAAGACGAGGAAGCCUGGAAACGAAAAUCUGUCAAG